AAUACGUUAAUAGCGGGUAUUAUAAAGAUUAGUUUUAGCCUCAGUAAGAAAAUCGUCGCCCUAGGUAUAAUAAAAAUAAAGACGUACUUCGGAACGAUAAUUUUUUAUAUUUUGCCCGUUAAUACCCCAUUUCUCUUAUAUUUAAAAGAUAUAGAUCGACUAAGUAUUAUAUUUAAUAAUACGAAGAAUAGAAUCUCUAGUAGUAAGUAUUUCGAAAUAGUUAAACGACGAUAG